CGCACAGAUUCGUCUUUCAUCCAGGAUGAACUUCUCACUUAUGCAAGCGCUGAGCACUUGUUAUUAUGAUGCUGGCGUGAUCGUUAGCCAUAGCCAUGGCGCUCGUUCCCGAUCUCGUGGAUUUACCUCCACCUCCGGAACCCAUCACGCCUCGACAGGCCAUUGAUGACCUUUUGCUUAUCAUGGCUAGAAUUCGCCAUAAGCUGAGAACGAUGAUCGACUGGUACAUCUAUCCGGAUAUCGUCCCGAAUGAAAUUCAAGCGUACGAUCCUCGACUCCUGAUCCUGCGAGCCCGCCUGGAAUCCCUGGCUUCCCUGUCUUAUGAACACUUGCCAUACAUCACAGACGAGGCCGACGCUAGAUCUGGAUACUAUCUAGGUCUGGCGGUCGAUCAGAUGCUCAACUCCGUGCUUGGGAUUCAAAAGAUUUUCAAUAACCAUUACGACCGGGAUCUCGAUGACAAACGGCCUUUUGCUGCCAUAUGGGAAACCCUGGACUACCGUUCUCUCCAGCUCAAGGAGAUGUCCAAGCUUGCGCCCAGCAACCCACGGCGAUUGCGACCAGAAGACCUAAGACCGAACGAAUUGGGACAGUUCUGCCGUGGGGCUCUACAGAUCAGCAACAAGAGGGACAAGGGGCGCAUUUCUUUUGUCGAGAGAAAGGAUCUUUCCGAAGAGAAUCGACAGAAAUUGAAGGCUUUCGGCGGAGCAUUCCUCAACUGGCAAUGCCCCGAAUGCUCGUUCAAAGUCAGAUAUCAUGUCGCGAGUAGCGCAACCUCCAACAUUCACAGCACUGAUGAGGUUCGCGAACACAGUGGAGUGAAAGUUCAAUACCGCAGCUCCUUUUUGGCAAAGUGCCACUUGUACCUGCCGUUGUCAGAUAAAAAGGCUGCUUUACCUUCAGCGAUCAAAUAUGGCUGCGUCUUCUGUUUCGCUUACGGGAAGGGACUGGACCGAGACAAGUCGGCAUUCAGCAAUCCGCAGGCUUUUGCUGAACACCUCGAGCACAAACAUAGGAAGGCCCUUCCUCCCGCCUUGAUGCUGCACCGAUACGACGUCGCUGUUGGAGGCAGAACAGAAGAUCCGAAGAAAAGGUGGGACCUCAACCUCGUCUGAAGUGCAUGAGGCAGGCGUCCAGGUCAAGGGAUGAGUUCCCGAUCCAUUUAAUGACAAGUAUCCGGCUUCGUUAUGGGGUUUUGUUUUGAACCCAGCAUUUUUUCCGUCACUUUCAUAACGGCCUCUGAAACUACGAUGUGUUGAUGUGAAGACGACCAGUAAAUGAACACAGAAAUGACUAUGAAAUGAACCAGCUCUUUGUUUUGGGUUGAGUUAUGAUGAUACACAUCAAUGUCAGCGAGAGCACAGUUGUGCUAUUUA